ACCUUCCUUCUCUCCGGAUUUACACAGAGGGAAGGAAGGUAGGCGCGUGCUCGGGUCCAGGUGCCUUCUCCCGCACAGGGAGGAGGGGGCCCUAACCCGGUGCUGCCAGGCGGAAGCGCCGCUGCCAUUGGUCCAGCGGCGGCCUUCACCUGCGCGGAGCCCCGCGGCCCCGAGCGCAAAGUCCGCGGCGCUGCGCCAAGGAGCCGGCGGCCGGCAGCCCAGGUGCGCCCACGCCCUCGGCCAGGCAGGAUGCCGCUGGGGCUGCGGGGAAAGAAGAAGGCCAAGUCCAAGGAGACCGCCCGGCUGGUGGAGGGCGAGCAGGCGGGCGCGGGCGUCGGGAGCCUCCCGGACCCCCCGGCUCCCGCGCGCAGGCUGGUCUUCCACACGCAGCUGGCGCACGGCAGCGCCACGGGCCGGGUGGAGGGUUUCUCCAGCAUCCGUGAGCUCUACGCCAGUAUCGCCGGCGUGUUCGAGAUCUCGCCGUCGGAGAUCUUAUAUUGUACUUUAAACACACCUAAAAUCGACAUGGAAAAACUCCUAGGAGGGCAAUUAGGUCUUGAAGAUUUCAUAUUUGCCCAUGUGAAAGCUAAAAAAGAAGUGAAUGUGUAUAAAUCUGAAGAUUCACUUGGACUCACCAUCACAGAUAAUGGUGUUGGCUAUGCUUUUAUCAAGAGAAUUAAAGAUGGUAGCAUUAUUGACUCAGUUAAAACAAUCUGUGUGGGGGAUCAUAUUGAAUCCAUAAAUGGAGAAAAUAUCGUUGGGUGGCGUCAUUAUGAAGUUGCUAAGAAGUUAAAGGAAUUAAAAAAAGAGGAACUCUUUACCUUGAAGUUAAUAGAACCCAAGAAGGCAUUUGAAAUAGGACCAAGGUCAAAUGCUGGAAAGUCUUCAGCAGACAAAAUGGGAACUGCAAGAGGAACACUUCGUCUGAGAUCAAAAGGUCCUGCCACCGUGGAAGAAAUGCCCUCUGAAGUGAAAGCAAAGGCAAUCGAAAAGAUUGAUGAUCUUCUUGAACUAUACAUGGGUAUUCGAGAUAUUGACUUAGCUACCACAAUGUUUGAAGCUGGAAAGGACAAAAAUAAUCCAGAUGAAUUUGCCAUGGCACUUGAUGAAACUCUUGGAGACUUUGCAUUCCCAGAUGAAUUUGUCUUUGAUGUUUGGGGAGCCAUUGGUGAUGCCAAACAAGGAUGAUUAUGAUGUGAAUGUUCUCUCUCUGAAGAAAUGAACUAUUGUUCUUAAAAAACAAACCUGUAUAAGAACUCUUUUAGACACCUUUCUGAACUCUGGUUUGGUUUUAUGUGUAUGGAAUAAAGUCUGGAAUAUAAUUGGUAAUUUUGAUUUCUGAAUACUUUCUAUUGUAGUUGCUACCACAGUUUGUUUAAAUUACUUAAUAUGUGAUUGAUUUUAAUUUUCAUUCAGAAGUUUUAAAAAGAAAGAUUUAAGGAGUAUUUUCAUAUAAAUGCUUUUUCUCUCCAUUAGCACCCAUGUUUAGUUUUCCACAUUAAGAAAUUGAUUGCAAUAGCUUUGUAGAUUUUUUGUUGCAAAAUCUUAAUGUAAUGAUAAUUAAGAUAGUAUAAUUACCUCAUAACAUCUUCAUUUUGUUAUACAAGCUCAAAUAGAAUAUAUUCUGAAAAUGAAAUGUGAAUUAUGCCUACUGUAGGUCUAGAAGUAUUGUUUUUUAUCCACUGAGUGAGGUAAGAUUCCUUUGGUGUUUUCUAUGACAUACUUUCUUUCUUUGUGAAACAAAGAUUCAUUUUCUUUUUUGCUUUUGUGUAAUUGCUCUUAAAACUUAUAGUUGAGUCUAUUGCUGUGUGUACACAUUUGCAUGGAUGAAAGAGGCAGGAGGGUAGAAGCACUUGUAUUUGAUUUUUUUUUUCAGUUCUUAAAAUGUUAUUCCUUUUUUUCCACCUAUAACUACUUUUAUGAUACCCUUUAUAAGCACUCCAGGGAAGGUUUUAUAUUCUAUGUGGCACUUUUCUUUUGAAAGAUAUUUACUCAGAAAAUCACUAUGUUUGAGAACUUUUUUGGGGGGAGGGUUAAGCAGCAAUCCUUUUCAGCAUCCUAAACUUUAGAGGAGAUAUCAGAAAUAGAUUUCCUCCAAGUAGAAAUAAAGGAGGAAGGGAGACUUGGGAAUGUAUUAGUCUAUUAUUUUAGAACUCUAACACACUGCCUCUAAACCUUACAUUAUUGAGGAAAUUGAGGGUAAACGACAAUCUUAUCACUCUUUUUUAACAUUUACUGAUGUAAGGGAAAUGGAAAUGAGUGGUUUCAACAUAUAUCAUUUAAAAAGGCAGAGCAUGGUGUGACCAAAUGUUCUUCUAAAGUGUUGGAUGAGAAAUGCUGUGUGCUGUCACAGUAAUCAGAAAUAAUCCCCUUUGAAGGAGGCAUUCUAGGAAAUCAGAAGUAGUGCCCUUUUCAUGCUGGGUUUUUGCUUAGAUAACUCUGUUGUUCUCUGGUAAAACUUUUCUUUUGCUGCCAUCCAUUCCCCUGUCACAUAAGUUUAAUGCUGUGAAGCUAAUGUUAAUCUGACAUAUACACAGAGCUGUUUUAGCCAUUAAUAUAUAACCAAAGUAGCUUAAAGAAUAUGGAUUGUUUUAUUGUUCUUGCCCAGCAUUUUAAGAUAGGAUCCAGCUUGGUCUGUAAUCUGUUAGUACUCGUUUAGCUUCUUUUGGAGGUUCCAAAAAUACCUAUCCAUCUUAGACAUAAAAAAAGCUGAUAUAUUUAGAAAUAGGAAAGUUAUUGUAUGAUUUUGGAGACCCAUAGAAACAUUUUAAACAACAAACACAUAAUUUCUUGGAACUAUAUGUUAGAUUUAAAAUUAUUCAUUGUUUUAUCAUUAUUAUUUCAAAAAGUUUUUUUUGAGACAAGACUUGCUGCAUUGUGCAAGAUGAACUUGAACUUGUGGUUUCCAAGAGAUCCUACUGUCUCAGCCUCUGAAUAGCUGAGACUUAUAGGUGCAUGUCACCAUGUUCCACUGAUUUAUUGUCUAUUAUUGAUGAAUGUCAGUUUCACCUUUUUUGGGCAUGCAUGAAGUCUGAAACGUGAUGCUGUGGUUUAUGGGAUGUAUUUUUAGCAAUGAUAUUUUGAGAACUUUGAUGUGUAAGGUACAUCCAUGUACAGCUUAAUUAUUCUUAUCCCUGUUCAAAGGGACAUUGUACUUUUUGAGGACUUCAUCUGGGAUCAAGUGCUUUGUAUACUAAUGGAUUUUUCUUUGAAAUGUUCUUAACUCUUACAUCUAUUGAUAACAAGGUCAUCUUUUAUGUCAUUUUGUACCUAUACCUGAAAAUACAUCUAUUUGUGAACUUUGUAUCUUUUUGCAAUUCACAGUGCAGAAAAAGUAAUAGAGUGUAUUUUUAGUGCAGUCACAUAAGUUGUGGGCUACUCUGCUGCUGCUGCUAUGCUGGGCAAAUCUUUUUUUUGAAACAUUCAUUUAAUUAGUACCACUAGGCAUUUUCAGGACUCUCAUUUUCUCUUGUUCUAUAGUUUUUUUUUUUUUUGAUGAAGGAUGGUUAUUUUAUUUGUUCAUGAGUUCCUCUCAUGCAAGACAGCAUCUUCUCUUAGUGGCCACUAAGAGCACACAAUGUAUUUUCUUUGAUUGUGGCAGAAAAUAUGGAUGAUGAUUGAACAGACCCUUGAACAUAGCUGGGUCCUGAUCAGAUGUGCACAUUGUGAUGAUUACAGAUGGAUGUAUUUUGGGCUUUUGUGAUGUUUCAAAAACAUAAUUAUAUAAUUUCAUGAUGUGGAACUUUACAAAUUCAAUUAUAAAAACAGUAAUCUGUUAGCCUCUGGAGCUGCUAUAUCCAAUAUUAUAAUGUGACUGAAAAUGAAAAAGAGAACAAUCCUCCCAAUGAUAUACAAUUUGCAAUGUUCCCUCUCUAAUUUGAGCAAAUAGACGUUUUCCAAGGAAAGUACACUUCAUGAGUCCCGUGUUAUUGCUCGUCUCCUUGGUCUCCUGUGGUUAUUAUUGCCUAUCUAGAAUUGUCAUAUUUGCUAAAUGAAUUUCAUUUGCAAAAUGGAGUUUUCAACAUAAUGGUUCUUCUAAAUAGAGCACAGUCAUUCACCAAGAUGUAAAAGAUUGAUCAUAUAAUGGCUUUUUCACUCUCUGAUACAUCUAAAAAUAGAUACCAAUAGCUUUGUUAUUGUUCAGGUGGAGACAGUAGGUUAGAAGGCCAGUUAAAUGUUUUACCAAAGAUAUUAGUGACUAAAGAAAGAGGCAAAGAUAUUCGACUUGUGGUCCCAAGUUUAAUAGUGCCCUGUUUAAAAUACACAUUUAUUUUUCUGACACAGAUUGAAGGAGAUAUCAAAGUAAUUAAAAGCCCUUACAUAUAUCAUGAUUAUAAAAUGAUUCUUAAUUUGUGAAGUAUACAAAGUGGUACAGCUUGUCUCUAUGUUAUUAACUGAAAACUUAGUUCUAAGAAAUAACUCCAGGUUAUUAUCUGCUAAGAGGGUGGAAGUUAAAUAAGACAUCCUUAUUUCAAUUGGAGAUAGUAAGUCUCCAUAAGACUUAGAUAUAGCUGUAGGUAUUUUUAAAGUAGUAACAAAAUGAAGAAAUUAUAAAAUAUUUCUAAAGAUUGUUUUGAUUUAUUGUUUAAUAUUCUGAACCAUUUGUGCCAUACAAUAGUAUAGGUAAAAUAUUCUAUUUUUUUGG